ACCUAUACAAAGUACAUUAACGUAUACAAUUCAAGAUUAAUCGAUAAACGAUCAACAAGAAGAAGAACAACAACAGAAAAAUGUCAAACGGCAAGGCGACGGCUUCGUUCUUUGAGAACGGAAGCACCAGACAGUUUGAAUACUGCUACGAACUGUAUCCGCAGGUGCUAAAGAUUAAAGCCGAAAAGCGCAGCAAGAAGCCACAAGAGCUAAUCCGCUUGGAUCAAUGGUAUCAGAAUGAACUGCCCGGCUUGAUAAAGGCGCGAGGGAAAGAUGCCCACUUGGUAUACGAUGAACUUGUUCAGGCCAUGAAAUGGAAACAGUCUAGGGGUAAAUUCUAUCCGCAACUGUCAUAUUUGGUCAAGGUGAAUACGCCGCGUGCAGUAAUCCAGGAGACAAAGAAGGCCUUUCGCAAGCUACCCAAUCUGGAGCAGGCGAUCACAGCGUUAUCCAACCUCAAAGGCGUGGGCACCACAAUGGCAUCCGCUCUGCUAACAGCCGCCGCCCCCGACUCAGCCCCAUUCAUGGCCGACGAAUGCCUGAUGGCCAUACCAGAGAUCGAGGGCAUUGAUUAUACGACCAAGGAGUACCUCAACUUUGUGCAGCACAUUCAGGCCACAGUGGAGCGACUGAAUGCGGAGGUUGGCGGCGAUACGCCGCACUGGUCACCGCAUCGCGUCGAGCUGGCGCUCUGGGCGCACUAUGUAGCCAACGACCUCAGUCCCGAGCUGCUCGACGAUAUGCCCUCGCCGACAGCAACACCUAACACAAACGGUAGCCUGAGCAAGGCGAGCAAGGUGCUCGAUGGCGAGGACACCAACGAUGGCGUCGCUGUCGAUGUGGAUGAGGACGAGAGCCUCGGCGCAGGUGGCCGGAAUACGGCAACAGAAUCGGAGACAGAGAACGAAAACACCAAUCCGACAUCGUUGACGCCGCUGGGCAAUGCGAGUGGUGGCGUUGGUAGUGGUGGUGGCAAGAGCAACAUUAACAGCAGCAACAACAACAACAAUAGCAACAACAACAACACUGCCGCCUUGCAGGAUGGCGACUCAAACUUUGUGUCGAACGAUUCCACCUCGCAGGAGCCGAACAUUGAUGACAACACCACACAGACAACGGCCACAACCACAUCGACGGAGGACGGUGAGCCGAUGGGCGUGGCAACGCCACUGGCCUCCGACUCGGAAAGCAAUCUCGAGGCACCGCUCAAGAGUCGCUUGGCCGCCGUUGGAGUUUGUGUUGGGGCAGGAGUAGGAGCAGGAACAGGAGCAGCUGGAGCUGGAGCAGGCACAGUGGCAGGAGCAGGAGCAGCUGUUGCCCAAUCGCACAACAACAACAAGCAGAUCAAUAACAACGGACAAAGCGCUGCACAAUCAGCAGCAGCCGCAGCAGCAGCAGCAACAGAAGGAUUGGGUGGACCAGCAGCACCAGCGGCCGUGCCAGCCGCUUCAACAGCAGCCAAUAGUAAUGGCAAUGGCAAUGGCGUGCUCUCGCUUGGUGGCAGUGCGUCAGCAGCGAAUCAAGUUGAUGAYGAUGAUGAGGAGGAGGACGAGGAUGAGGAUGAGGAUGAGGUGGACGAGGAGGAGGAUGAGGAUGAAGUGGACGAUGAGCUAGAGGCUGAUGAGAGUAACAGCAAUGGCAGCAGCAAUUUGCGUGCCAGCAAACUGCAGCAUUUGGCUGCAGCUGCGGCUGCGGCGACAGAAGCGACAACGCUAACAGCGCCAUCUAUUGGACAGAAGCGUACGGCGCUGCAUUGCGAAUUGGACGCUUCUGGUGCAACUGCAACUGCGGCUGCUGGUGAGAAAUCGCCAGAGUUGAAAAAGCUGCGCAGCGACUGAGCUACAUGCAGUGCAGCGCCGCAGCCGUCGCUAAGUAGCAUCGUUAGGCCGCGUAUAUCUGGUGGAAAGACAUGUAUGUAGUGCAGUUGAGUCGACAUUUGAGAGCAACAUUACCUACACUUUGCCACAACAACAUUCAAGAAAUUUUACUAUUAAGCAAAACUAAUUAUACAUAUAAUAUAUAAUAUAUAUAUACAACAAAGAGAAAGAACACACACACAGAACACACACACAUAUAACAAAAAGCAGCACACACACACAACGAGAACAUAAAAGGAGAUCGAGAAGCAGCACAGCAACAGCACUUAACAUAGGCUUAACAGGCAAAAAUAUAGAAUGAGAAGAACAAGGAGAAGAACCUUACAACAGAGAGAACAUAACACACCACACCACACCACAACACACCACACUCACAUUAAAUUAGGAACAUAGUGCGGGCGCGUAUUAAAUGAAGUUUAAGUUGAACUCGAGGAUAAAUACGAGUAAUGUUGGAUGAUGAUAUGAUGAUGAUGAUAAUAUGAUAUAAAGAGUAAUAGCCAUACGGAGUCCCCAAUUGCAGCAGCGAUUAACAUUAUACAUGUGAAGUGAAAACGAUAAGCAAAUACAUAGUAACUAUUAAAUCAGAUACAAAUUGAUAUUUUUACACAGUCAAAUGAAACCAACAUUUAAAUAUUAAACGAAAAAAGAAAACAAAACAAAAGAUAAAAAUUUACAAAUGCCGCAGUUGCCCACUACAUACAAGAAACGGAAGAAAAAAACAAUAAUUAUAAUAAAAAGUAAUUUAUAUAAGUAUUUAAAAUUAACAAUAAAUCAAAAAGAACUUGUCGCAUAAAACUCGAAACAUCGUCCCCCGAUUGAUCGCCGCCUUCCUCCUUGACCACCACUACAACAUAUAUACACACGCGCUCCAUCUCUCUUUUUCACCCAACCACCUAUCCAUACACGCUCACCAAAACUCACCAACCUCAUGCACAAGCAUACAUCUACACACAUACACAUCCCAAUCCAAGCGGACGACGCCGCUAUCGACGUCGAUUAAGCAAAAACAAAAACAAGAAAAAAAUACAAAAACUCAUUUAAAACAA